AUGUUGGCUCUCCGAUUCCACGGCAAUAGAGACCUGCGCGUCGAUGAAAUCCCCAAACCCGAGCUGAAACCGGGAUGGGUUUUGGUGAAGAAUGCGUGGGCUGGAAUUUGCGGGUCGGAUUUGCAUGAAUAUGUGAUUGGUCCCGCGAACAUGCCCGUCGAGCCGCACAUUCUCACGGGUGAAACUAUUCCGUCCGUCAUCGGUCACGAGUUUUCCGGCACGAUUGAAGCUGUGGGGGAAGGUGUCGACGAUCUCUCGCCAGGGCAGAAAGUGGCCGUCUUCCCGGUCCUCACCGACGGUACAUGCUACUGGUGUCAACAGAACACAUACGGCAUGUGCGAUAAAUGGGGGUUCCUCGGAUAUAGUGGCUGGGGUGGCGGGAUGGCGCAGUAUGUCUGUGUCCAGAGGAGGGAAAUUCACGUUAUACCCGACAGUAUCCCGUUGGAUGUCGCCGCACUGGUUGAGCCCCUCGCUGUAGGCUGGCAUGCCGUCAAGAAGAGCGCGGUGAAACCAGGCGACCUGUGUCUGGUGCUUGGAGCAGGUCCCAUCGGAUUAGCAGUGGUUCAUUGUCUGCGUGCUCAUGGAAUCGAAGCCAUCGUGGUUUCCGAGCCCUCUCCAGCGAGAGCUGCGCAAGCGGCGGAAGCGGGCGCACAGCAUGUCCUUAAUCCCAUCAAGGAAGACGUACCAGCGUUCUGCCAAACAUUGGGAGACAAACGGGGCGUUCACGCCGUCUUUGAUUGUGCUGGACUCCAACAAGCGUUCGACGUCGGGCUUGCUAGCGCACGGGGAAAAGGCCAAAUCCUGCAAGUCGCCAUCUACGAAGGGCCGCUGACCAUCAAGACGCCAAAUGUCAUCACGCGGAAACAGAUCAACCUCGUCGGCUCCAAUAUCUACACGCGCGAGGAAUUCCAAGAGGUCAUUGACGCCAUUGCAAGUGGUCAACUCAAGGAGCCCGAAAAAAUGAUCACCUCUAAAAUUCCCUUGAGGGAUGCUGUCUCCAAGGGGUUUGAGGAGCUCUUGAAAAAUAAAGAUCGGCACAUAAAGAUCCUAAUUGACCCGCAUGCAUAG